UGUGGAGCAGAGACCACCACCCAGGCCGUGGCCCUGGUGGAAGGCUUCCUCCUGAGCCAGGCGGAGGAGCAGAAGGAACAGGUUGAGUUGCAGUCCUUCACUGUGGAGAUGAGAGAUCCAGAGGGAAGGAGGAAUCCAUCAAAUCCUCCUCAGGAGCUGUCCUUCAGGACUAUCUCUCAGGAAGAUCCAAGUCAGGACACCUCAGGAGGGAAGAAUAGAACAAAAUUGUCUCCUCCUUAUGGUGGAGCUGAAACAGUGGUUGAACCUCCAACUCAAGUGAUUCUGGGAGACAUACAACAAAGCCUCUUUGAGGAGGUGGCUGUGUAUUUCUCCGAGGAGGAGUGGUCUCAACUGGAUCCUCACCAGAAAGCACUGCAUUGGGAAGUCAUGCUGGAAAAUUAUAGGACCGUGGCCUCUCUGGGUAAUAAUGGGCAGGAGAAUAAAGAUUCUAGUGAACCAUUCCAAAUGAUUGAGCAUGGAGAUGGAACAGAGAAGCCUGCAAUUCAAAUGGAACUACAAAAUCAUGAGAGAAACCAGUCAAAUAAUUGGCAUAAGGAAAUCUCAUCUUCCAUUGAUGCUCAGAUGCAAGACUUUCUUGCCCAACAAAGAAAAAUCAAGAAAACAUAUUUUGGGACAAGUGUAAGACAAUUAAAAAACGAAUUAGAUGUAAAUGUCCAAACCAAAGGAGAAGAUGAUAUAUGCAGAGCCAAUGGAAAGAAUUAUAAUUGGACUUUCACUCUUUCUCAUGAAAAUGGGUCCCUUAUAUCUCAUAAAAAGAUCCACACAGAAGAGAAGUCAUAUAAAUGCAUGGAAUGUGGAAAGACCUUCAGAAGAAGGAGUCAGCUUACUUCCCAUAACUGGAUCCAUACAGGGGAGAAGCCAUAUAAGUGCAUGGAGUGUGGAAAGAACUUUACUCAGAAGGGUAAUCUUAAUGCCCAUAAAAGGAUCCAUACAGGGGAAAAGCCGUAUAAAUGCAUGGAUUGUGGAAAGGGCUUCUGUGAAAAUGCAUCCCUUAUGAAACAUAAAAGGAUCCACACAGGAGAGAAGCCAUAUAAAUGCAGAGAGUGUGGAAAGCCCUUUACUCAUAGCAGUCACCUUACUUCCCAUAAAGGGAUCCACACAGGGGAGAAGCCAUAUAAGUGCAUGGAGUGUGGAAAGAACUUUACUCAGAAGGGUAAUCUUAAUGCCCAUAAAAGGAUCCAUACAGGGGAAAAGCCGUAUAAAUGCAUGGAUUGUGGAAAGGGCUUCUGUGAAAAUGCAUCCCUUAUGAAACAUAAAAGGAUCCACACAGGAGAGAAGCCAUAUAAAUGCAGAGAGUGUGGAAAGACCUUUACUCAUAGCAUUCACCUUCCUCCCCAUAAAAGGAUCCACACAGGGGAGAAGCCAUAUAAGUGUGUGGAGUGUGGAAAGGGCUUUACUAAUAGCAGUCAUCUUACUUCCCAUAAAAGGAUCCACACAGGGGAGAAGCCAUAUAAGUGUGUGGAGUGUGGAAAGGGCUUUACUAAUAGCAGUCAUNNNNCUUCCCAUAAAAGGAUCCACACAGGGGAGAAGCCAUAUAAAUGCAUGGAGUGUGGAAAGAGUUUCUGCGAAAGUGGGUCUCUUACUGCUCAUAAAAGGAUCCACACAGGGGAGAAGCCACAUAAAUGCAUGGAGUGUGGAAAGAGCUUUGGUGAAAAUGCAUCCCUUACGAAACAUAAAAGGAUCCACACAGGGGAGAAGCCAUAUAAAUGCAGAGAGUGUGGAAAGACCUUUACUCAUAGCAGUCAACUUACUUCCCAUAACUGGAUCCAUACAGGGGAGAAGCCAUAUAAAUGUGUGGAGUGUGGAAAGGGCUUUACUAAUAGCAGUCAUCUUACUUCCCAUAAAAGGAUCCACACAGGGGAGAAGCCAUAUAAAUGCAGAGAGUGUGGAAAGACCUUUACUCAUAGCAGUCAACUUACUUCCCAUAACUGGAUCCAUACAGGGGAGAAGCCAUAUAAAUGUGUGGAGUGUGGAAAGGGCUUUACUAAUAGCAGUCAUCUUAAUUCCCAUAAAAGGAUCCACACAGGGGAGAAGCCAUAUAAGUGCAUCGAGUGUGGAAAGAGCUUUAGUGGAAAUGCAUCCCUUACGAGACAUAAAAUGAUUCACACAGGGGAGAAGCCAUAUAAAUGUGUGGAGUGUGGAAAGAGCUUCAGUCAUAGUGGUUCCCUUACUUCCCAUAAAAGGAUCCACAUAGAAGAGAAACCAUAUAAAUGUGUGGAGUGUGGAAAGAGCUUCAGGAGGAGCAAUGACCUAAUUUGCCAUAAACAGAUCCAUUUGGUUAGGGAUGCUAAGGAAAAUGAGAAUGAAAACGACUCUAGUGUGCUGAUAUUGCAGACGAUCAAGCAAGAAGGGAGAUCUUUGGAAAUCAAUGGGGACCAAAAUAAAAUAAUAUGAAAUUAAGAAAAAUUACUUCAGAAAACUACUUCAGUUCCUCUUGACCAAACAGACAGAAAUGAGAAGGGGAACUGCCCCUGGGAUAUGAAGAUACAAAAAAAAAUAAUCAGACUCAUAUCAAUGGUGUAGAAAUGAGACCUGAGUCAACCAGUAUGAGUGCAGAACCAUGGAACCUUUUUCAUAAAAUAAUAUGAAAUUAAGAAAGAGUACUUCAGAAAACUACUUCAGAUCCUCCUGACGAAACACAGAAAUGAGAAGGGGAACUGCCUCUGGGAUGUAAGGUACAAAAAAAAAAAAAAAA